CAAAACCCAAUAUUUUUUGGAUUUUUUACUCCUUACACCAAAAGGGAACUCCAAGUAGAUGGAAGAUUUAAAUAAAUAUAUGAGGCCAUGGGUAUGCUGAGAGGAGAUAUGAGUAAAUGUGCUUCUAAACUUAGAGUAGAAAUGUCUUUUUAAGUGUAAGCAAAAUCGGGAUCGCUGGGUGGCUCAGCAGUUUAGCGUCUGCCUUCAGCCCAGGGCAUGAUCCUGGGGUCCUGGGAUCGAGUCCCACGUCAGGCUCCCUGCACGGAGCCUGCUUCUCCCUCUGCCUGUGUCUCUGCCUCUCUCUUUCUCUGUGUUUCUCAUGAAUAAAUAAAUAAAAUCUUAAAAAAAAAAGUGUAAGCAAAAUCCAGACAUGAUAAAAGAUUGAUAAGAGUAGGUUGUUUUAAAAACAUCACCAACAACCCAAAACUAUGGGCAAAAAAUUCAAAGAAAAAGUGAAAAAGUUAAAGAACAAAUGAAAAAUUGAGAACAAAAGAUAUCCUCGUGAAAUACCAAAGAUUUAACAUACAAAGAGCUCUUACAAUUCAACAAGGUGAACACCCAAGUUUAAAAAUGGGCAGAAAAGGGAUGCCUGGGUGGCUCAGUGGUUGAGUGUCUGCCUUUGGCCCAGGGCUUGGUCCCAGUUCCAGGAUCAAGUCCCACAUCGGACUCCCUAUGGGAAGCCUGGUUCUCCCUCUCUCUGUGUCUGCCUCUCUCUUUCUCUCUCUCAUGAAUAAAUACAAUCUUUAAAAAAAAAUGGGCAGAAAGUAUAAAAACACAUUUCACUAAAAUGAACCAAUGGCCAAUAAAUGGAAAGAUGCUCAUUUAUGCUAAGAAGUAUAUUUUUUAAAGUAGGCUCUUUGCCCAAUGUGGGGCUCAAACUCAUGACCCCAAGAUCAAGAGUCACAUCCUCUAUGGACUGGGCCAGCCGGGCACCCCAAGAAAUGUAUUUUAAAACAUCAUUACUGAUGAGCUUGCCAAACAUCAGAAGUUUUAUUUUGGUGUUAUUGUGUGAGAAAACAGACAUUUCUCUCUACUAGUGGGAGAGUAAAUUAUUGGAACUGCUUUGGAAGCCAAUGGAAUAAGAUCUAUCCAAAAAUUUUUAGGUGACUUGAAUUUAUGAAAGUUGCAAACAUAGUAGAUCCCUCACCCACCCAUCCCUUUGUUUAGUUGUCACGUCUCUGACAGUUUCUCACUCUCCUUGUUUUCCAUGAUUUUAAAUUAACACUUUUUGAAUAUAGAAUGUCCCUCAAUAUAAGUUCCUCUGAACUUUCCUCCCUGGUGCAUCCCAUUGGGUGGACUGUGAUGUCUGUCCCACUAGUAGUUGUAUUCACUUUGAUCACCUGGCUAAGGCAGUGUCGUCCAGAGUUUUCUACUCUUUGUGCUUUGUAAUUUGCUAAAUGUUUUGGAGGCAAUAAGCUCUAUCAGUUUUAAAUACCAAUGACCCAGCAGGACCACUUCUUGAAAUUUUUUUACAGCUGUCUGUGAUUUAUUCCAUCGCUUGCACAAUGGGGGCAAUUAGUGCCCCUCAGAACUGCUGAGAGGCUUCAGGGACCGCUGUGUUGGAAACACUUGAGUGCCUCAUAUAGAGUAAGCUCCUUGCUGGUUCCUCCUCCCUUCCCAAAUCCCUGGAAGCCAGAGGUAUUUGGAAUUCAGAAUUUUGUCAGAAUUCAGAAGAUUAUAAGAUGCAUUCAUUAUAUAUUAUGUGACAACCCCAGCAGGAUCUGCGGAGCACCCUGUACUUGAACACUAAUCUUUCUGCAGCAAGACAUAUGAAUAUUCACACAAAGGGAGAAAGAUAAAGACUUUAAGUAGUUUUGGGUAAGUUCUGAUCAGACCUUGAUCUGAGUUCAGGUCAGGUUUGGUUGCUAUGGGUAAGUUUUUAAAACUCCCUUUGGGCUCUUAGAGCAAUUCGGAUUUCAGGAUUGUGUGUUGGGGAUCGCACACCUGGAUAGGGGUUUGCAAACCCAGGUGUGGAUGUGAAAGGGUGUUCAUGGCAGCAUUGUUGGAAAUAAGCCGAAAGGCCCUCUGUAGGAGGUUAAGUAAACCUUGCACACAGUGGUGCCCAUUCAGAACUUUGAAAAGAGCAAACUGUAAUGUGCAACCAGGAAAAGUGCGAUAAGAUGUAUGACUAAGUGACUCAUGACAUUACAGAACAGUGUGAAUGAUCUUGUUUGGAUUUAAAAAUAUGUACGUCGAUGCUUGUAUAAAUGUCAAGAAACAUGCAGAAUGAUAUCUAGGAGAGUGGCUGGAUAUUAGAAUCGCCCGGGAGCACUGAAAACUACCAAUACCUGGGCCCUUCUCUACACCCAUUGAAUUGCAGGUGAAGGAUUGGGCUGUGCCUCCGUUCCAGGUGAUGCAGGAGUCCGUGAGGGUUGAGAGCAGCUGGAAUAGAAGGAUGCUGCCGUUAGAGGGGAGACCUCAUUUCACGCUUGACUGUGUGGUCUUUCUCCCCAUUUGUAUUUGUAGUUUUAUACAUACUUUUUAAAGUUUAAAAAGAGUAAAAAAGACUUUUGUGAGCAAAAUCAGAUAUGGGGGAGUGAAGACACGUUUUCAGCAGGGAUAUAGAAUUUUCUAGAAGUUUAGUAUUUCUGAGCAUUACCUUCCUUUAAUAUAUAUAGUGCUUGCUGAUUUCAACUGAUAUUUGAUUUUUAAAGUUUUUUCGCCCUCUUUCAUCUGGUGAGGAAGGCACCAGCAGAGGCUGAGGUCAGGUCUGUGCUUCAGAAUUCUGGUGGUGCUUUAUUUCAGGCAAUUCCAGAGAUUGCUCAUUUAUCCCCAUGUAGACUCCUGCAGAGGUCUCCUGGUGACACACCUAGAUAGGAACACCUGGGGGGAGAGCUGGCCCUGUCAGCUCUUCUCUAUUCUUGCUCGCAGGAAUUGAACCUGGAAGCUGAGUCCCUGGGAUCUUCCCUCCCUGUCCCCUCCCGUGGCCCCCCCCCCCCCACACCUGGCAUUGAAGUGUACCUGCUCUCAGAGGUGGCCUUUAUUGUGCAUGCUGCCCUCCCUCUGAUCAGGUCCUGUUCUGUCUGGCUCAGCAAAGCCUUUUGGGAAGGUCGGCUUUCCAUGCUCGGUGCACAGUGCUGGUAUCCCGGCAGCCCGGUCUCGGGUUGAAGCCCGAGACAAACCUUGUAAGCUGCGUCUGGGAUUCUCUGGACAAGGGGCUGCUCUCUGCAGCGGUGUUGCUAAGGUGGCCGCGCUGCGCGCUGAGAGAAGCAGCCAUUCUGAGGAGGCCUGGGCCAGCGCCUCUCCUGCAGGCAGCACCGUGAGUGUGUACAGCGUGUGCGUGUGCGGAGUGGAGGGGUCCACAGUGGGCCGUGACUUAGUGGGCAUCUACACUCCCGGGUGCUUUCUGGCUUUGCUCAACAAAUGCUUUGGGUGUCAUUAGUGAUUCUGUCCAGGGGCGAAAACCCCUUCCUUGUUAGGUCUCAAAUCAAAAAGAGCUCUUCGGGGAACAAUGAGAAAUGGUUUUUUCCCCCCCUAAGGUGAUGUGGAAGCAUUUGAUAUUUGCUGUCUCUGUUCAAACAGGUGAUUCACGUCAGCCUGUACUGGAGUGGUAAGUACUACACUCACCCUAACGUUUGACAGCGGAGGAAACUGACGUGCAUGAGAGAUUGUUACCUGCCCGAGGUCUCGGGCCACAGGUGCUGGGGCUUCAGGACGACGCCCACUCCUGCGAGCCUGUCCUGGGGGGCUGGCCCGCAGCACAGGGCACCCAGCCUGGUGGGCUCAGGCUGUGCUACUUACAUGGCUCUCUCCUGCGGGAUCGUGUGUCCAGGCAAAGUGCCUUCGUGUCGGCUGUGCCGGCGCACGUGGUCUACUCCAGGCCCAGCGCUGCUGUACAAAGGCUCAUGGGCUUGUUCUAUUUGGCAGAUUCUCAACCAGCCUUUGAGAUGAUGGGACUGGGAAACGGGCGCAGGAGCAUGAAGUCGCCACCCCUUGUGCUGGCUGCCCUGGUGGCCUGCAUCAUCGUCCUGGGCUUCAACUACUGGAUCGCCAGCUCGCGGAGUGUGGAUCUGCAGACCAGGAUCGUGGAGCUGGAGGGCAGGGUCCGCAGGGCGGCCGCCGAGAGGGGCGCCGUGGAGCUGAAGAAGAACGAGUUCCAGGGGGAGCUGGAAAAGCAGCGGGAGCAGCUCGACCGCAUCCAGUCCAGCCACGACUCGCAGCUGGAGAGUGUCAACAAGAUCUACCAGGACGAGAAGGCAGUUUUAGUGAAUAAUAUCACCACAGGUGAGAGGCUCAUCAGAACCCUGCAAGACCAGUUAAAGGCCCUGCAGAAGAAUUACGGCAGGCUGCAGCAGGAUGUGCUCCAGUUCCAGAGGAACCAGACCAACCUGGAGCGGAAGUUCUCCUACGACCUGAGCCAGUGCAUCAAUCAGAUGAAAGAGGUGAAGGAGCAGUGUGAGGAGCGAAUAGAAGAAGUCACUAAAAAGGGAAACGAAGCUAUUGCUUCCAGAAACCUAAGUGAAAAAAAGGACCAAAGCCAGCAGCUCCGAGCCCCCAGUGAGCCUCAGCCCAGGCCACAGGAAGCAGACCUGCCCCAGGCAGAGGUACCACAAGUGAAAGGAAAUGUGCCCAGCGAUGGUGAGCCCCAGACACCAGCCCCCAGUUUGGAGGUGGCUUUGGAUUUGAAGAGACAAGGUGAGAAAGGGGAAACCAAUGAGAUUCAGGUCAUCAGUGAGGAGGAGCCUCAGAGGGACAGCCUGGGGCUGCCCCCAGAGCCAGGCCGAGAGCAGGCUGUAGAGGAAGACAGACCUGUGGGUGGAAGAGGCAUUGGAGAAGCUGGAGCAGUUGGCCAGACCCCACGGGUGCCAGCAGUGAUACUGGCCAGCCAAGAAAAUCAGGACACAGAGGACCUUGAGCGGGACCAGCUUGUCAUCCCUGAUGGGCAAGAGGAGGAAGAGCAGGAUGUUGACGAGGAAGGGAGACACCAACAAAAGCUGGGGGGAGAGGAGGACUACAACAUGGAUGAAAAUGAGGCAGAAUCGGAGACGGACAAGCAGGCAGCCCUUGCAGGGAACGACAGAAACCUCAAUGUUCUUAAUGCUGAAAAUCAGAAAGGAGACAUAAUAAAUUUACUUGCUCAGCGUGAAAAGAGGAAUCACACACUCUGAAUGAACUGGGAUCAUAUACUGGUCAGGAUCGAACAGAGAUCACUACAAAAUAUUUAUGAAGGGUUGAAUACUGUGAAAUGUACUAAUAAGUAAAAUAUACACCUUAAAGAUUAUUGUGGAGUUUUAAUAUGUACUGUAUGUAGGAAAAUGAUUAUCUUGUAGAUGGUUUUUUGGGGGUAUUUUCAAAGUGUUUAUGCUAAGAUGUCAAAAUUUGUCAGCUAAUAGGUAUGAGAUCAACACCGAAAAUAGAACCCAAGUUUCUCCUUCAAAUAUGGUGACUGUGGCGCUUUUUAAGAAAUUCUGGAAUGUAACUUUUUUUUUUAAAAAAAAGCCUGUAGGAAGAGGCUGCCUUCAAGACACCAAGAGACCCACCACACCUGAGAAUUCUUCUCUGGUUCCUUUGGUGUCCCUCUUCACAUGGUGUGCUGAGUGCCCGGGUCCCAGCCCGAUAUUCUGUUCUCCAAAGUCAGUGCCGAAAGAUUACUAGCUUAUGCUCUCAGUUCUGGUUUGGACAGUCAGUGGCCUGGAGCACAAAACUGUUAAUACAGACAUCACUAAUAACAGUUUUAAACAAGUCUAUAUACAGAGGCAUUUUAUGUAUUUUUAAACUACUUGUAUAACCUUUGUCAUUAAUGUACAGAAAUGCUUCUAAGUGACUUGUAAUUUGAACAUUUGUGACAUUUUUACUUUGCUUGGUAUGUAUGGGCAAAGCAAAAUAUUCUGCAGUAAGACCAUUUACCAAGAAGAGCCAUGAGUAGAUUAGACUUUUCACACAACCGGGGCCAAAGCAGAGCUGAUCCUGGGGCCCAUAGCAGAACAGGGAGGGAAAUAACAGCACUGUGGGGGCAUGUUUGCUGUGGACAGAAUGCCCACUUCACCAUUACAGGAAGGAAGAGGAGAGAAAGAUGAUAUUAAGGGGUAUAGACAGUGUUAAAUGGGGAAAGUUUAGAAAAGCAACAGCUGUUUUUCGCAUAGUCUGUACAUUUGGCUUGUGAUGACUAUCAAAAGUGAUUUAAAAAUCAAAAGUUAAUCUGAAAAGGACUAAUCACAAUUCACAUUGAUUUGCUUCUCAGUAUUUCCAGUAAACUCUUGCCACUUACCAGUGAUAGGCAAAGUCACAGUAGUGACUCUUAGGCCUUCUUCAGGGUAAGUGGGUGGUGAUGCUUAUUAAAUACAAGUCUCGGGAUUUGAGAUGCAGGGGCCUCACAUCACCUAGUAUAACCCUUCACCUUUAGAGAGGAAAUGGGGGCCCAGAGAAGUUAGAGCUACACAGGCCAGACACCUGGCGAGCCUUACCUGGUCUGGACUCAUGGUGCCCCUGUCUGGCACUAAAGGCAAGACCUGGUUUGCAUUCAGGUUAAGAUCUCCAAUGUGAAUGUUACUCAUGUAGGUUAUCUUUUUACUUAAUUACUAAGAUUAAACUUUUCCACCUGGAAAAAGCAACUAAAGAAAGGUGUUAAAAAUAGCUUUGUGAGAUUUUUAUAUAAGUCUUUGUCCGACUUCCCUUUGUGUCUUAGCCUUAGGGUUGAUAGUCUCUCUUGCUUUUUCAAUAAAGUGUCUAUUCAUUUCAUGUUUAAUCAGUGUGCAUAGAGUUCUGAAAAACAUGUUUAACUGAUUUUCCUUUACUGCCUUAUUGGAUCCCUGAAGAAUCAGCUUGUAAAUUGUGGAUUAAGAAUGGUGGUUUGGGGGGGGGGGGUGGUUUGCCUUAAGCCUUUUGUGGACUGAGAUGGGAUGUCAUUGUAAAUAAUAACCACCUUUUUCCAUCUUUAUGUACAGAGGCACUAGAGGCCAUUUGUUCAGGAGGUGUGUACUGUGUGUGAUUUCUCCAGUCAUGCUUUUUUACCACUGGCUUUCCUUGGUAUCACAUAGUCUCUUAUUCAUUCCAAGGCAACAAUUUAUACAGGUGUCAGUUUUUUUUUUUUUUUUUUAAAGCAAAACAAAAACCUGUGUAAUACAUAAGUAGAUAGCAAACCCCCCACUUUGGUCUUUUGGUUUCAUCCAGAAUUAAUCAGCAGCUAUUCCAAUCUUUAAUAGGUGGAACUGUUUAUUUCACACCUUCCUUGGGACUCUCAAAUGGUGUGGAGACAGGAGUGUGAUAAUUCAGAUUCCCUGCACAAGACUCAGAUUUCUUGAGUAAUGUAAGCACUGCACAUACUUCAUGGAUAUCUGUGUGAUGAAAUUUGAGAAAUAAACCAAUACCUGUUAA